AAGGUGACGCGGCCGUUAGCUUCCUGCAACGCCUGGCUCAACGCGCUGCUCUACUUCCUGACGGGGGAUAACAGCGCCCCCUGCUGCUGGCCGGCAGAGCGAGCGGGGCGAGCGGAGCGCCGGGAUCAUCGGGGCGGCGCCACCUGGUGGCCGCUGAAGAUCCUGAAGAAAGAGGGCGGAGGCGGGGGGGAGGAGGACGUGGAGGCGGGGGAGAAAGUGGAGCGAGUCGUCGUGGAGAACGAGUCCAAGUCCUCCAGAGUCAUCUUCUAGAGACUUGAACCUGUUCGUGAUGUCACGGGAAAGACGGGAAUUUUCUGUUUUGUGCUUGUGCUCCGAAAAAUGUACACAUUUGAACGAAUUCCCUCCUAUCACUAAAUGACUGCAUAACACAAGGUGGUUGGAAAGGAGAGAGAGACUUAGAGCAGAGUGGAUAAGGAAUGUGAGUCGGAAAGAAUAUACAUGUAUAUUCAAAUCAAUGAAACGACAAUAUCAUUUAAAACCACAAGAUACUGAGUUUAUGGAUUAUAUAUGAGAACUGAGAAAACUAAUGAUUAUACUUAUCAAACAUGUUCUAGCACUGCUUUUAGUUGUUUUGUAUGCAGUGUUUUUUUACGUUUUAUUUAGUAAUUUGUACCUUUUGAAUUAGUCAAGAAUGACACCUCCUUGAUGCAAGGAUACAAGGAGGUGGGAAAGGAAAGAGAGACUUUGGAACAUGGAGAAUGUUGGGAUUUUCUUUUUUUAUGCUUGUGCUCCGAAAAAGUCAGAAUUGUAAUGUUUAAAUCUACGAACUCCUUCUUAACACUAAUUGGCAGAAUUAUCAUUUUAAUAAGUGUUUUAUUUAGUAAUUUGUACCUUUUUGAAUCAGUCAAGAAAUGCCCUCAACGAUGGUCCCACAGGUGGUGGGAAAGAAAGAGAGACUUUGGACCAGAGUGGAUAAGAAAUGUGUAGAAUAUAAAUGUAUAUUUAAAAUGAAUAAAAUCCCCCAAGAGAAAUUUGACAAUAUAAUAUAAAACCACAAGAUACUGAGUUUAUUGAUUAUUUAUAAAACUGAAAUGUAAGAUUUAUACUUCUAUAUCUAGCGCUGCUUUUAUUGUUUACUCCCAGAAGAAAUCUAUAUUUUUGAGAGCACAAAUCAUCAGUUUUUAAAAAAUGUUCAAUUAAGCAAUCAAAGUAAAUGAAACUGUUCGAAGGUUAAAGCCGUCUGACUUUAGACUUUUUAAUCAUUUCUAAGACAUUUUCUGAAUUUGUCAGAUUUAUUUGAGACUUAUGAGGACUUUUAAAUACUUAAGACUUUCAAGGUUCUAGGUUCUUUAUUUUUGUCAUACGAACAUAUCUACAGAGUAGUUAUGUUGAUGAACAUCUUAGGUCACUGGCUUCUCCAACAGUGCAACACAAUAACACAGAAAAACAGAAACAUCUAGUGCAAGAACAUUUAAAAAAAGUAAAUACAAAAAGAAAAAUAGUUUAAAAAAAGUCAAAUAGUGAAAUAAGAGACUAUAUGCAAGCUAAUGGAAUGAUAUAUUAGAUACAUAAUUACUAAGUAGCAGAUGAAUGUUAUGGAUGUUGUUUCAAAGUUCAGGUGUUUAACAGUCUUAUGGCCGGUGGGAUGAAGCUGUCUCUGAGUCUGGUGGUUUUAGUCCGGAUGCUGCGGUACCGCCUGCCAGACGGCAGCAGACUGAACAGUUUGUGGCUGGGGUGAUGGGGGUCUUUGAUCAUCCUGAGGGCCUUCUUCCUAGCCGCUGGGAGUAGAGGUCCUCCAUGGAGGGCAGCUCCGUCCUGGUGAUGUGCUGUGCAGCUUUCACCACCCUCUGUAAAGCCUUACGAUUGAGGGCGGUGCAGCUGCCGUACCAGGCCGUGAUGCAGCCAGUCAGGAUG